UGCACAACCUGGCUCAAGGUUGCACCGUGGGGCGGGGUGUGCAUUACGUCACCACACUGGUGACGUCACGAAGUCCUGGAGUAUAUAUACUGCAGCAGAUUCAAAAGAAAAGAGACGGAUUCUGGAUCCUGCUACCACCAUGAGAGCUCUGGUGAUUCUGGCCGCUGUGUCGUGCUGCUCGGCACAUCUGCUACCCUACGUGCUGCCCUGGACGUCACCCUCCACGGUCGAUGACGAGGGCAAGGUAGUGGCUCUACACACCCCAUACCUACACACCCACCCUCUCUUCACUCCCUACGCCUAUCCCUACGCCACUCCCUACGCCCACCCUUAUGGCUACGUUGUCAACCCUGAGCUGAAGGCAACUGAGUUCCCUUUCGUAUGGCAAGCAGCUGAGUCUGCGGCCGAGGCUGAGGCCGCCCCAGCCGUGGAAGAAGCCCGUCGCCGACGUCGAGAUGUAGAGGCCGUGAAGGUGCCUCUGCCGUACAUCCAGGCAGUGCCCUCCGUGGCCAAGACCACCUUCGAGACUAAGCAAUUCGAGCCCGUGGAGGCCGCCACUCCAGCAGACACCACCAAGCUGACACUCACCACCAAGGAGCACGAGGUGACCGUGCCUGCCGUGAAGUACGUGCAACCCGUCGUCCAAUACAAGCCAUUAACUUACAAGGUGCCUGCCCCCGUCCCCCUCACUUACUCAUUCCCGCACCAUCCUUUCUAUCCCACUUACCCGGCAUUCCCUUACCUCUCCCACGCCGCCCCUGUGGUCAAAUUGGACGAGUAACUUGAUCCUACAUCCAGUUCUUCCAUAGGGCGCCCCAAGGCAGCCCUGCACGACGGCCUUGGCAUCACUGUCCAUGGUUAGCAAGACCUCUCUCAACAUUAAACGGGCUCGUCAAAGCUAAUAAUAUUACUUUUUAGCUUGAUAAUUUUAGGUACUUCGUACUAAAAGAAAUAAUAUCCUUGAAAUAAAUAUGAAAUUUGCAACA